UAACCGUCGCCGGGCUUCGCACCUCGACAACUGUUGCUGCUGGGUUUUUUUCCUGGGGUUACUGUUGUAAAAAGUCUUCCUUAAAGGCGGAGUGCUGCGCUUUUGGGCUUUCUCUACUGAUUUGCGCCACACAGAGCAUUUGUUCUCAAAAUGUCAUCGGUCAAGGAGCAGCUUAUUGAGAAUCUAAUUGAGGAUGACAGUAAGUCCCAGCGGAAGAUCACCAUUGUUGGAGCUGGUGCUGUAGGCAUGUCUUGUGCUAUUUGUAUCUUACUGAAGGAUUUGGCUGAUGAACUCGCCCUUGUUGAUGUCGCAGAAGACAAAUUGAAGGGAGAAAUGAUGGAUCUUCAGCAUGGCAGUCUUUUCUUUCAUACUCCCAAGAUUAUCUCUGGAAAAGAUUACAGUGUAUCUGCAAACUCCAAAUUAAUUAUUAUCACAGCAGGUGCACGGCAGCAGAAAGGGGAAACUCGUCUUUCCCUGGUUCAACGUAAUGUGAAUAUCAUGAAAUCAAUCAUUCCUGCCCUAGUCCAUCAUAGUCCUGACUGUAAGAUGAUGAUUGUUUCAAAUCCAGUGGAUAUUUUGACAUAUGUGGUCUGGAAGCUAAGUGGUUUACCUGCCACUCGUGUAAUUGGAAGUGGUUGUAAUCUAGACUCGGCACGUUUCCGUUACCUAAUUGGAGAGAAGUUGGGUGUCCAUCCCAUUAGCUGCCAUGGUUGGAUAAUUGGAGAACAUGGUGAUUCUAGCGUGCCCUUAUGGAGUGGGGUGAAUGUUGCUGGUGUUACUCUGAAGACUCUAGACCCUAAAUUAGGAACUGAUUCAGACAGAGAGCAAUGGAAAAAUAUCCACAGACAAGUUGUUGAAAGCGUAAUACCAUCUAGGUCCACCCAUGUUGUCACAAAUGGACCCAUCAUCUCCAAGUCAAGUCGUUGUCCUUCAAUCUAGUUGUGGAGAAUGCCGCUCAACUACAAGUCCAGUCACAGUUUUCAAUCUAGUUGCAGGGGGUGCAGCCGACCAUCCCAUGUGGGAAAUGAACCGGCAACCUUGUUGUUAAGAGCUCACACACUAACCAACUGAGCCAUCUAGCUGCCCCUCAUUGUGGUUAUAAUUUGCAUUUCUCUGAUGAUUAGUGAUAUUUCCCAAUACUUUUUUUUUUCAGUCUCAAUAUGGCCUCUUCAUUAUAUCCUCUCCCAACACUUUGUAAUACCGUUCUCGUCACAUAGCCUUCAGGAUCUGUGUGCUUGCUUCCAGUCUUCUAGUCCUGGUGCAGUGCACAAAUCAAGGGUUAACAUAAUGUACAAUGCUGAUAACCUAGUUCUCUUAUGGUUAAUAUUCAACCUUUAUCUUAACUAAUUUAUGUAUUUUUUUUCCAAUUUUUUAUUAUGAUAGAAUACACAUAACAAAAUUUACCAUCUUUAACCAUUUUUAAGUGUGUGGUUGAAUGGUAUUCAAAUCAUUCAUAAUGUUGUGUAACCAUCCUCACCAUCCAUUUUGUAUCUCUUUCAUCUUGUAAAACUGAAACUCUGUACCCAUAAAACAGUCUCAUUCUCCCGCCCUGGCAACCUUCAUUCUGUUCUCUGUCUGUAGGAUUUUGACUACUCUAAGUCUCUUAUAUAAGUGGAAUCAUACAGUAUUUGUGUUUUUGUGACUGGCUUAUUUCACUUAGCUGAUUCUUUCUUCUGCCUACUCAAAUCUGCCUUUGAAGGCCUCUGGUAAGUUUUUCAUUUCAGUUACAGUCAUGUGCUGCUUAAGGAUGAGACUACAUUCUGAGAAAUGCAUCCUUAGGUGAUUUUUGUCAUUGUGAGAUCAUAGAGUGUAUUCAUACAAACGUAGGUGAUAUAGCCUACUAUUACUUAGGCUAUAUCAAUAGCCAGUUGCCUCCAAGCUACAAGCCUGUACAGCAUGGUACUAUACAAAUGAACAUGAGAUUAAAUCAAGCACAAGAGAAAAUGAUGCAAUCAAGAGACGUGAAUAUAAGAUGUAUGAGGCACUGCUGG